UCUUCUUCUAUUUUCGGAAGAGGAAAUCUCGAACAUGGAUGGUACUGUGAAGGAUCUGCAGUCAAAGAAGGACCUUGAUGACAUGGUCCGCCAAGGCUCACCAAUUGUUCUCCUCUUUUGGGCAUCUUGGUGUGAAGCGUCCAAGCACAUGAACCAACUCUUCACCCAUCUCGCCACCGAUUUUCCCCAUGCUCAUUUCUUCAGGGUUGAUGCCGAAGAACAACCAGAAAUCUCUGAGGCCUAUUCAGUUUCCGCAGUUCCUUACUUUGUCUUCUUCAAGGAAGGUAAGAGCAUUGAUACAUUAGAGGGUGCAAAUCCAUCUAGUCUGGCCAACAAAGUUGCUAAAGUUGCAGGGUCCACCAAUGUUGGAGAAGUAGCUGCUGCCCCUGCCAGCCUUGGGAUGGUUGCAGGACCUGCUGUCCUUGAAACAGUCAAAGUGUUUGCCAAGGAAAAUGGUUCUUCCCAAAAGGAAAGUUCAUCAACGUCAGGCCUCAGUGAUACACUUAAAAAGCGCCUGCAAGAGCUUGUGCAUUCACACCUGGUUAUGCUUUUCAUGAAAGGAAACCCUGAAGAGCCCAGGUGCGGGUUUAGUCGGAAGGUUGUUGAAAUUUUGAAGGAGGAGGGGGUCAAAUUUGGGAGCUUUGACAUUCUAACAGAUAAUGAACUGCGUGAGGGAUUGAAGAAAUUCUCCAACUGGCCAACCUUUCCGCAGCUCUACUGCAAGGGAUUGCUUCUUGGGGGCUGUGACAUAGUAAUUGCAAUGCAUGAGAGUGGUGAAUUGAAAGAAGUUUUUGGAGACCAAGGGGUUCUUGCAGCAGGUCCUGAUGAGGCAAAAAAGACUGGAACAGGAAAUAUUUAUUCAACUAAUUCCUUGCAAUGCAGUGGUGUCUCAGACUCCACUGGCUUGAGUACGGCCUUGACCUCUCGACUGGAGAGCCUCACAAAUUCAAGCCCUGUCAUGUUAUUUAUGAAGGGGAAACCGGAAGAACCCAGGUGUGGUUUCAGCAGCAAGGUUGUUGAGAUUCUUCGGCAGGAAAAGGUGGACUUUGAGAGCUUUGACAUCCUUACUGAUGAUGAAGUACGACAAGGGCUGAAGGUUUACUCUAACUGGUCGAGCUACCCUCAACUCUAUAUAGGAGGUGAACUGAUUGGGGGAUCCGAUAUUGUGUUAGAAAUGCAGAAGAGUGGGGAGCUCAUGAGGGUAUUAGCUGAGAAAGGUGUCACUAAUAAAGAGCCCCUUGAGGACCGGUUGAAGAAACUAUUCUCUUCUUCUCCAGUGAUGCUCUUCAUGAAGGGUACACCUGAUGCUCCACGCUGUGGUUUCAGCUCUACAGUAGUGAAUGCCUUAAGGGAGGAGAGCGUUGGUUUUGGGUCCUUUGACAUCUUAACUGAUGAGGAAGUGAGGCAGGGCUUGAAGACCUUUUCAAACUGGCCUACUUUUCCUCAGCUUUACUACAAAGGCGAGUUAAUUGGAGGCUGUGAUAUUGUACUGGAACUGCAUAGCAGUGGUGAGCUCAAAUCUACACUCUCUGAGUAGGCCUGUUAUCUACUCUUGACUCGAUACCGUUCAAAUAACAUGAUGGCAGCUUUCAGUUUAUGUUUAAGGAAGAGAUGUGUCUUUAAUGAUAUUAUACAUGCACUGUGCGUCUUGGUUCAUCUUAACUGACUUUAUCCUGUGAUUUGAGCUCUAAUGUUCGUAAAGUGGAAUAGUCAGUUUAGUAUGUCAUCAUUUAA